UUAUUUUGGAAAGUCCAACCGGAAGUUUCGUGUGGUGUUUCCAGACACUUGGUGAUUGUUUCUAAAACCUGCAAAGGAAACCGUGCAGGGUGGUGUGCGUCGUCGUGGGGAGGGGGGGGAGUCGGGAUGUUUCCUCCUGUCGCUGUUCCGGACGCAUCGGGCGCCGUCAUGCCGUAGAACCGACCCGGGGGUGUAGAUGAAGCCGGGGAGGCUGUAACCGAGGCGGAGGGGAGGAUGUACUGGGCGGCUGGCUUGGCCUCUUCCCGGCCGUGUGUGGUGGAGCUGGGGCGGAACCACAGCCUGCCUCUGGGGCUGUGCGGCUCCGACCAGCAGCAGUCUUUGUAUGGGUACAUCAUCGCCUUCCCUUUGCAGGACUACGGAGGCAUCAUGUCCGCCCUGGGCUCGGACUCCUGGUGGAAGAAGACCCUGUACAUCACCGGGGGGGCCCUGCUGGCUGCUGCUGCCUACCUACUGCACGAGCUGCUGGCCAUCAGGAAAGAACAGGAGUUGGAUUCUAAAGAUGCCAUCAUCCUCCACCAGUUCUCCAGGCCAAAGAACGGUGUUCCCAGCCUCUCGCCCUUCUGCCUCAAAAUAGAGACGUACCUGCGCAUGGUGGAUCUGCCCUACCAGAACUACUUCGAUGGGAAGCUGUCGCCACAGGGUAAGAUGCCCUGGAUCGAGUACAACCACCAACAGGCGUCGGGGUCGGAGUUCAUUGUAGACUUUCUGGAGGAGAAGCUGGGGGUCAACCUCAACAAGAACCUGACGCCGCAGGAGAGAGCCGUGUCCAGAGCCGUCACCAAGAUGGUGGAGGAACAUCUGUACUGGACGAUAGCCUACUGUCAGUGGGUGGACAACCUGGAGGAAACCCAGAAGCUCCUGUCCAUGAGCGGCCCGCUGAGCGACACGCUGAAGUGGCUGCUGAGUCACCUGAACGGCAGCAUGGUCCGCAGGGAGAUGUACGGCCACGGCAUCGGACGCUUCUCCAAGGAGGAGGUCUACGCCCUGAUGGAGAAGGACAUGAGGACGCUGGCCACGCUGCUGGGUGAUAAGAAGUACUUCAUGGGCUCUAAAAUCUCAACUCUAGACGCCACCGUGUUCGGACACCUGGCCCAGGCCAUGUGGACUCUACCAGGGACACGACCAGAGCAGCUCAUCAAAGGUGAGCUGAUCAACCUGGCCAUGUUCUGCGAGCGCAUGCGGAGAAGGUUCUGGCCCGAGUGGUUCGUGGACGUGGAGGAUCUUUACUACGACGGCGACUGCGAGAGUAGCGGCGGCCGAGGCUCGCCCACGGGCCUGCUGGAUCUCGGCCUGUUCUCCAGGACUGACACUCUGGACGACAGCGAGGCCAGCAGCCGCUCGGCCGGACGUACGCACACACACUCGGACUCGGACCACUCGCUGUUCGACUCGGACGUGGGCACGGGCUCUGACAAUGACAUUCAGCUUAAAGAGGAGUUAAUGCCAGACCUGGAGGUUUGACCUGAGGAUUGGCUGACACGUACAGACUGACAGCUGCUGUUGUUUUGUUCGAUAAAUCCAGAUAGAACAGCCUGUCCACCAAACAGCUCCAACGGCUGAAGACACUACUCACAAUGUUACAGUUUUCAAGACGGACACCGGGCGUUUAUAUGCCGAGCAUAUGAACCGGACCUCAGAAAACACAUAGUACAGUGUGGUUUUUUUUCCUCUUCCUGUUACGUCACAGCUGUCUCCGUGGCAGCUUCUCUUUGCCUUAUUUGUCUUGUCCUAAGAUACAGAAACCGGAGUAUAAGGUGAACAGAGAGGAAACAUCCCGUCGUAUGAAGGUGCACAGACAACAGACGAGUGUUACAGGGAAGACAGGUGGCACUUCGCUUGCAAUGAAACGAUGCAACUAAUCACCACUCUGCCAUGUGUCUUUAACGCACAAAUCCAUUCAAACAGGUGGAGAUUGAUCAUGUGGCUAAAAGGAACAGCUGCUAUGUCUCAGCUGUUAACCAUUCACAUGCUGAAGAUGAACCACGUUUGACACUGAGUGCUGCUCCAUGUCAUCCUCACGUCAUUUCCUUUACGCUUCCGUUCGCCUCCAUCCAACCUCCACCUCAGUCAGUGCAUUAACCGGUCGGCCUAUGGAUUAGACGUCAGAGGGACAGACAAGCAGAUUCGUGCCUGUUUCAUUUAGUAUCAUCCUUAUUUACUCCCCCUGAGUCUUAAAUAUUUGGUGUGGAGUUUUGGUUGCUCAUUUUAACAUCCCUUUGGUGAUAUGCAGUCCUAACAUUAGACCACUAGAUGGUGGUAGAAACCAGCCUGACGCCUCCUCCAUCCUGGAACAUCAAGGUCAUUCCACCCUGAAGGACCAGCUGCAUGUCUCAGUCCAUCUCAGACCAGAAUACUCCUCCUUCAGUCCUGAACUUUAGUAUCGUGGUUCCCAUUCAUUGGUGACCCGUCUUGUGCACAAUUAGGUUCAUCCAAGUGUUUCGUGUGUGUAGGUGUGAUGUGCGAAUGCAUGCGUACCUUCAUACUGCGACUGAGUGCAGCUACAAAUCAGCCUUAGUGCUCAGACUAAAGACAAGGGUUAAAGUGAUGAGUUUGCUUUUACCCGGCAACUUCUUUUGUUGUAAUAUAAUUUAAUAUCAGUGCCACUUAAAUAUUCUUUCUAUAUGAACCUAUGUGUCAGAUACACACACAUAUAUAUAUAUUUUUUUGUUAAUCUUUUUUUCUUUUUGCUCUCAAAGAGAGACUAUUUUUGCACUAGUGGAAAUUUAUUUUCACUUUUAUUUCAAUGAGAGCAGUCUGCUGUGGAAGUACAGAGUAGUCAAAAUGAAUGGGAAAACCUAACUGUGUUUAUCAUUAAUGCAGGACUCUUACGUGUCAGAUGAUGAUUGUGUCGUGAAGAGGAAGGUGCUGCUUGUGUUAGACGUGUGGAUGUGAAUGUUAGAGGUGGUGAAUGUCAUGGGCGCUCACCACCGAUGAUCUAAACAGAGACAGAGUCAGAACACCAAAAGAAACAGGACUGAACUCCGUUGGAUUAAAAACCUCCGAUUAUAACAUGGACCAAAAUGUCUGAAAAGUGUUUAGCUUUCUCUGUUCAGGUUGUUGUAAGUGCUCAUAACCUGCUCGUGGCAAUAUGAUGGCUGUAAAAUAGACUGUGGUACGUUUAGAUGGAAACGUGACUGAAAUUAAAGGGUCAGGUCACUGAAAUUAUUCUCUCUGACAGUGUGUAGCCAUGCAAUCAGUGUGGUUUUAUGUGGUUUUACAAUACGGAUCCUUAGAUUUCAGCCUCCAUUCUAACAGAGCAAGGAAACGCACUGAGUAAUCACAUACAAAAUGAAAUGUUUCAAUGUGAUAAAAGCUAGAACUAAUAUUGCACCUUUAUUUAUUUAUUUAUUUUUUUGUCACUCACUUUUUGUUGGUUUUUCUUUUUUUCCCACCCAUUUAACAUUUUACACUGAUACAACAGACUGAAAUGAAAGGGAAAUAGAUAAAUAAACACAAGAAAAUCAAAAGUAAAAAAACAAAACAAUAGAGUACUGUCAGUUUUUGUUAUACAGGAUAUGCUGUUACAUAAUAAAUCUUUCCAGGUGAGAUAAGGCCUAGGUCAGGACAAUAAAAUAUUCAGACAUUUACAAUAAUACAUUGUGGUGUCAGAAAACAAAUCCCUUAAGUUGUCAUAGGAAUAACCGAGAAGACACCUUACACCUUAAAUUUAGAAAGAUAGGGGACACUUUCUUGUACAUCCUCUGCUUCCUUCAGGGUUUACAAGACUCUAAAAUAUCUUAAAUGUUCAGCAAUAAGAAAACUAUGGUGAUAAAGGCAGUAGUUAUGAAGUGCAAGAGCAGGAAAUACUGCAGAUACUGUAAAAAAACAAAAAAACAAAACACCAGCAAAACCCCCAAAUUGUUCUGAAUU